AUGUAGCUUGUUGCGUUACAUAGAUAUGCACUGCACCACAUACCACACUGGGCCGAUGACCUUCAAUGUCAUUCUGUACCGUUUUUUAUGCACUAAUCCUACGUUACGUGAGUAAGAUACAGGAAAAUAGUAAACUAACAACAUGUGUUACAAUCAUUUAAAAAAGUUAUUUAUUACCCAAUCGAAAUUUGGUAAUUAUUGCACAAUUAGAAAUAAAUAUUUACUAGCUAAAGUUAGAGGAAUACAAACAAAUGCAGAUCAACGACAUAAUACCAUAAACUUGAGUGGAUACCCAAUAAGAUAUGUAAAAGUUGGACAAGGUCCUCAUGUAGUAUUCUGUUUGCCUGGAAUUUUGGGAAAUAUGAAGAUCCACACGGUUUCACAGAUCCAAAACUUUGAUCGGGAAAAAUUUACUUUUGUGACAUGGGACCAGCCUGGAUAUGCAUAUAGUGCACCUCCAGAAAGGAAUUUGAAUGACAACUCCCUUGUCGAAGAUGCAGAAAUUAUGAUUGAAUUCAUGAAGAAACUUGGCUUUCCAAAAUAUUCAGUUAUGGGAUGGAGUGGAGGUGGUUGUAGUGCGCUACUGGCUGCCAUCAAACAUCCUGAAACUAUUAGAAAAUUAGUCGUUUGGGGAACAUUCGCAUAUGUGGAUGAACAUGACACCAAAAUUUAUGAAUAUUUUCAACAACGAAAAAAUCGCGGAGGAAAGAUGAUGGAAAUGUUGGUAGACGAAUAUGGGGACGAGUUUUUCGACAAACAUUUCGGUGGAUGGAUGAAAGUCUUUUCCAGGAUUUAUACAAAUCAUGGUGGAGAAUUUGUGUCCAAAAGUCUUGAUAAAAUUAAAUGCUCAACCUUAAUAUUACACGGGUCUGAUGAUGGUCUCGUAAGCCCAAAACAUGGAGAGUACUUGAAUAAAAAUAUUAAAAACUCGAGGCUGGUUAAAUGGGAAGGUGGAAAACAUAACUUGCAUUUGAGAUAUUCUGACAAAUUCAACCGUUUAGUACAAGACUUUCUUCUGGAAGAACAGUAACAAUCGUCUUACAACAGCAAAUCCAGCAGCUCAGUUUAAUUGCGAUAAUAAUAGACAAUAAUACAAGGCAUUAAGGAAGGCAAUUAAUUUUUAUUUUCGUAAUGACCAACCUUGUUUCAGUGUAAUUCUUGCCUGACGAAGUUAUAAGCUGUAUGCUAACGAAAGCUGGAAAUAAAAACAUGAAGUUAAUCAUGUCUUCUGAAUCCGUCAGAGGAGUAAAA